AGACUCAUAAAAACCCAAAAGAAUUACACAUACACCAUUCUCUCUCAGCUGUUGGGGAAACUCAACAAACAUGUUAGGGAGCUCCGGCGAAGCCAUGAUGGUGACAGAACCAGCAGUACUACUUCAUGAAGGCAGCAGUACUACUACUGAAACCGCGGCCGCCCUUUUGUCGAAUUCAGGUGAAGAAGAUCAUCACAAGCAUACUUCUGGUGACGUUGAUCAUGAGGGUGGUCAUGAUGACGACCACCGGAGCUAUGGAGGAGGAGGAGGAGGAAACCGGUGGCCGCGCCAAGAAACUUUGUCACUCCUGAAGAUAAGGUCUCAAAUGGAUGCUGCUUUUCGCGACUCCAGUCUCAAAGCUCCAUUGUGGGAAGAUAUUUCAAGGAAACUAGGGGAGCUUGGUUAUUACAGAAGUGCCAAGAAAUGCAAGGAGAAAUUCGAGAACGUGUACAAGUACCACAGAAGAACCAAAGAAGGCCGAUCUGGAAAGCCAGAAGGAAAGACUUAUCGGUUUUUUGACGAACUUGAAGCUUUUGAUCGUCAUCAGAAUAGUCAUCAUCCAUCAAUAAUACCACCAAAACCGCCAGUGGUGCUGUGGACCAACAACAACCACCACCAUCCAAACCAAACUGUCCCUCCUGUCGUCACUGUUCCGCAAAACGGCGUCACUCCAGCCACAGAUCCAAUCAUUCAUUCAUCAACAAACAAUUUUUCACGGCCACAGCAAAUUCAAGCAUCACAAGAUAAUACUAAUGGAUUCCGACUAUUAAAUCCGACCAAUCUGCUCUCUAGCUCUACAUCUUCUACUACUGCCUCAGACGAAGAGUUUCAGCAACGAAACAAGAGGAAAAGGAAAUGGAAAUACUUCUUCAGAAGACUGACAAAGCAAGUUCUCGAGAAGCAGGAGAAGCUGCAAGAAACGUUCUUGGAAGCCAUUACCAAAUGCGAUCAAGAACGAAUGGUGAAAGAAGAAGCUUUGAGAAUGCAAGAGAUGGCAAGAAUCGAUCGGGAACACGAGAUUUUAGUCCAAGAGAGAUCGACAGCGGCAGCUAAAGACACAGCCCUCAUACAAUUCUUGCAGAAGGUUUCGUUGCAACAUAACUCGAAUGAUAAUCGAUCACUCGAAAUCACUGAUGCCGCAAUACUAGUAGUACCACCAACAAAUGUGCCUCGGCCAUUGCCAGCACUACCGGUGUCUUGGGCAACGGACCAACGUGGCCUCACUACUAGUUCUGAUUUAGCACCGAGAACUUUGGAGGCUAAGAAAGUGUAUAGUAACGGCGAAAGCAAUUCUGUUCUAGCUGCUGUUGGGUCCUCAAGAUGGCCGAAAACGGAAGUUCAAGCAUUGAUAAAUCUUAGGACAAGUCUUGAUGUCAAGUAUCAUGAAGCUGGGCCAAAAGGGUCUCUGUGGGAGGAGAUAUCGGCCGGGAUGAGGAGGCUCGGCUACAAUCGGAGCUCGAAGAGGUGCAAGGAGAAAUGGGAGAACAUCAACAAAUACUUCAAGAAGGUCAAGGAGAGCAGCAAAACGAGACCCGAAGAUUCAAAAACAUGUCCUUACUUUCACCAGCUUGAAGCCUUGUACAAAAAGAAGAACAAGAAGAUUGAAUAUCACAAGUCGUGCAUUGACGAUCGUAGUGUUGAGAAGCUCCAAAUAAUGCAGCCACUGAGGGAAAAUGUGGAUCCAAAUCAAGAGGAAGAUGAACAUGAUCAUGGUGAAGAUGGAGAAAGUACGGAGGAAGAUCAAGAACAUGAUCAUGAUCAUGGCCAGGUAUAUAGGGAUAGUAACAAAUUACAAACCGUAAUCAAUGGACAUGGUUGAGUCAUGAAGAGUGAUCGGGACAGCCAAGACAACGAUAACGAAUUAAGUUUCUUAGUUUUCAUCAUCAGAUCCAGUUGACGUAAAAUGUCAAUUCCAAAAAUGUCCCAACACAUGACUGUAAACUGUAAAGGCAUAUAAAAAUGGAUAUGUAUUAUUUCAGGUUCAACUCUGACUCUCUCUCCCCCCUCUUU